UGUUUAGCGAGAUACAAAAACGCGUAGUGAGACUAAUUUUAUUGAUUUUUGAGGCGCUGGAGCUAUACUGAUGAAUUAUCAAAUUUACGUUUGUCUAGAACACUUACGCAUGGAUAAAUUUUCUAAAUCUUAUAUAUUUAUUUCACUCGUACCGCAUUGAGACGGUGUUGUUAACCUCUCUUGUAGGUUAGAGGCGAGUUACAGUUAAGUGCCAAGAGGUUCCUAACCGCAAUCGCUUGAUCUCCGAAAAUAAACCGGAGCAGCUCUCGAGUCGGACUCGUCGUCGUCGUCGAUAAUAUAUCUAGAAGAGUAUCAACAAUUUAAUCAUGACGGCGUAAUAUUCUAGACGAAAAGAGUGAAUCGAGAUCCUAGUGCGAUCAAGAAAUGACGCCGAAGAUUCCGUUCCGUGGGGCAAGCCGGCUGUUGCGCGGCAAGCUGAACCUGCUGAGGCCCAGGUGCAAUCUCGACGGCGCCGCGUUCAUGUCCUCGCUGCCGCCCGACAGCCCGAUGAACGUGUUCGACAGAAACGCGAAGCUGCUGCAGCGCGAGCGCGCCGCCAGGGACGCCGACGUCCAGUUGUACGACUACAUCAAGGACGAGGUGGGCGACAGGCUGGCCGAUCGGAUAUUCGAUAUCAAGCGCAAGUUCGGCAGGGCCCUGGACCUGGGGUGCGGCCGCGGCCACGUGUCCAAGCGGAUUCUUAGCGAGUCGGUGGAGGAGCUGGUGCUGGCCGACAUGAGUCCAGGUCUCCUGCGGCAGGCUGAGACCACGGAGGGCGUGAAGGUCAGCAGGGAGGUCGUCGACGAGGAGAGUCCGGCCUUCGAGCCCGACAGCUUCGACAUGGUGAUCAGUUGCCUGAGUCUUCACUGGGUCAACGAUCUGCCCGGGUGCUUGAGACGCGUCAACGGCAGCCUGAAGAAGGACGGGGUCUUCCUGGCGGCUGUAUUCGGUGGCGAUACGCUUUACGAGCUGAGAAGUUCCUUGCAAUUAGCUGAAUUCGAGAGGCACGGUGGGAUCUCGCCGCACAUCUCGCCGUUCGUGGAGAUCAGGGACAUCGGAUCUCUGCUAACGAGAGCGAACUUUACCAUGCUGACUAUCGACACCGACGAGAUAGUCAUCGGUUACCCAAGCAUGUUCGAGCUUAUGUGGGAUCUGAAAGGAAUGGCCGAGAGUAAUGCAGCCAGGAAUCGUAAUUUGCAUCUACCGAGGGACACGUUGGUCGCAGCCGCGGCUAUAUACAAGCAACUUUACGGGAAGACGAAGGAGGACGGCACCGCCUACGUCCCCGCCACGUUUCAAAUAAUAUACAUGUUGGGAUGGAAGCCGGACGCGUCUCAGCCGAAGCCUCUAGAGAGGGGAACCGGACAGGUGUCGCUCAAGGAUCUGUACAGGCUCGAUCAGAUAAUCAAGAACAGCAAGAAGAUAAAGCUGGACGAGGACAAGUAGCCUGUAUUAAAUAGCCUUUAUU